AUGUUUUUUUUUAUUUUAGCAUUUUCAUUUAAUCAACCAAAGUUUUGUCCAACAGCAGAUUGGAAUCCACAUGGAAUUACUUUUGUUAAUCAUACAAGUGUUGGUAAUCGACCAAACGUCUUGUUUAUCAAUAAAAAUAACACAUUUUAUUCUUUUAAUCGAGAGAAGAAUGUAGUUUUAAUGUGGAUUAAUAAUAGUAUUAAUCCAGUUAAAAUUAAUUCCACUAGUAAUAGUAUCGGUGAUUCAUAUUCUAUGUUCGUUACAACGAUUGGUGAUAUUUAUAUUGACAAUGGCAGGAACUAUAGUCGAGUCGAUAAAUUGACAUUAAAUACAAAUACUUUUAAUAAAGUUAUGAGUGUUGGUUCAUCAUGCUUCAGUCUCUUCAUCGAUAUUAAUGAUACUUUAUAUUGUUCGUUGUUUAAUGAACAUAUAAUUAUAAAAAGAUGGUUAAAUAAUAAUCAAAUGUCAUCAACAAUUGCAGCUGGAACAGAAGGAUAUGGCUCUGCUUCAAAUCAGCUUCGUAGUCCUAUGGGUAUCUUUGUUGACAUAAAUUUUGAUUUAUAUGUGGCAGAUUGCGGUAAUGAUCGAAUUCAACUUUUUCAAUUCAAAAAAUUAAAUGGAAAAACAUUAGUUGGAAAUGGAUCAUUAGAUAAUACUAACUCACUUAAAUGUCCAAGUGGGAUUGUAUUAGAUAAUGAUAAAUAUCUCUUUAUUGUCGAUCAUGGAAAUCAUCGUAUAAUUCGAUGGGGAUUAAAUAGUUUUCGAUGUUUAGCUGGUUGCAAUAGUGAAGGAUCACAAUCUGAUCAAUUAUCACUUCCGUUUAGUCUUAGUUUCGAUAGCUAUGGAAAUAUAUUUGUUACUGAUUCAGGCAACGAUCGCAUUCAAAAGUUUAACUUUAUAAAUAAAUCUUGUGGUAAGUAUUGA